GUAUGUACCGGCAAAAAAAUACCUUAUCGUAUCGUAUUAAUUAUUUUAGUCACAAUUAUUAUCGCGAUGAUAAUUACAUUAUUAAUAGGGGAGCGUGUUAUUUCUGACGCAGAAGAAGAAAAUGGCCAUACCAUCAACGGUUUAGACGUCAAAACUCAAAGCCGUGUGGUUCACUUUGGAGCUCCCCAACUCUUUUUUUUUUCUUGGGUUUAUUGUUGACCGAAACCUUCCCCCAUCUGCUUGGAGUGACCUUUGCGGUGAUUGAUUGGGCAUACCUUUUUACGCACGGGAUAGGUUUGGAUGUUACGAGACAAUAUUUAUCGUAGCGUGAUCACAACAAAAUACUAAUAAUAUUUUGGAUUUGGUUUGGGCUGCCGGCUCGACCACGGAACGGUAACCGAACCGGAUCUCGUAACAUUUGGAAUAGUCAGUAAGAUUCUUGUACAGGCCAGGGUGUGAAACCAUCUGGAAUAGUCAAAUAUCCUGUAGAUUAAUUCAUGGAUUGAGAUGUCGUGCCGUGCCGUCCGGUAGGACCGGGAAAACCGGCAACCGGAGCAAAUCCGGAACGACACAUUACAAUUUCAACUUUUGGCGUACCGGCCGGUAUUUGAUGUCAAACCGGCGUUUCGCGAAAUACCGUCCGGUAUUGAUACAACCGCCGAUUUUUUCGCUGUGGAGGACAGCAACCGUACUCACCGCUAUCCGCCAGCCUUCUCCCAUCCAAUCCUUCGUCGAAGUUCGUCUAUCCACCAGCCUACCGAUGGAAAAAAGGCCUGCCAUUCUCUGUUCUGCCUCGCAUCAUGAUGGAAAACUUUCAGUCCCGUCCACUUUGAAUUUGCCUUGCAAGUGGCAAGUCGGCGCUCGCGUCAGAGUCAGCGCACUCGGGAGAGUUGCAGCAGAGUGGGGAGUAAGAUGAAGAAGAGGACGUGUUGAAGAUUGGGUGGUUUGCUGGUAUCAAUCGACGCAGGAGUCGUAUGGGAGCCAAUUGAAAUGGAUUGGAAGCUCCUGUAAACAAACGAUUGGAAGCAGAUGGAUAAUUUUGGUGGAAGGGUCAAGGUUUUGUAGAUUUGAAAUUGAUAGAAUAAAUUAACUGGAUUCCUAUUUAACGUCCUAACUUUUUUAAAAAUGUCGUCCUAAAUUAACAAAACAGACGAAUUUACCCUCACCUGCCCUAAAUCCCUAAAACAGAGCUUUCCGCUGCCCUGUCGACGCCGUCCGCCCCGGAUCUAAGUAAUUGAAGCGCACAUUAUUUCACUGCGGCUCCUGAAGUUAGUUCAGGAUAAUUGAAAGAAACAUUAUUUCUUUAGACUUAAUUCCGAUUUGGUGUUCUUUAAAUGGUUUGGUUUGCCUUUUAGUUGCAGUAAGUUGUGAUAUCAUCAGAUGUUAAGUUGGAUGAUAGCUUGUUUCUCUUAUGUCAAUGCAGAGGCCAUUUCCAGAGUAUCCAGGCUGUUGGUCACUUCUUCAUCCUUCUAAUCUGGAACCUUGUGAGAUCGAUCUCUGCAUUUGUAUUGAAAGCAGAGGACCGGAAAGCUUUAUCUCUGCUCACCAGCCGCCGGCCUGCCCACCUCUCCUGCUCGUCAGAUGGGUUGAAAUCCCGUUAGAGGCGAGGUCGGCGGCAACUCUCUUAUCCUCCCGUUUUCUUCCUCAUCCCGACGGAUAUGGUCGACGACAAGAGGGGUUCCUUCUUCGGACGUCGAUUAGGCGCUAGAGGUUGGUGAUGACGAUGACGACUGGGCACUUCUUCUUCUUUGUCCUUCCCAUCAAGCUCGCAGCGGCGACGGGAGCAAAAUCUGGUUUUGGAUGACCGACAACAAUUGUAUCGCCCUAGGAUAUCAAUAUAUUCUACUCCAAAUACCAAACCAAAUCAAAUACCGGAAGGUUAGGGGUAAUUUGAUACUGCUACUGUCCAGAUCAUCAUGGCUAUUCCUCUGUCGAUUUUUCCUGUGGCUGACCGCUUGAUUUGGCAUUAUGAAGUUUCAGGUGAAUAUUCUGUGAAAUCUGGUUAUCGUUUAGCUGCGGCUGAGUACAUUGCUGAUUUUUCCACGAUUCCAUCGUCCUUUGACUCCCGCUCUUGGAAGUUUCUUUGGUCACUUCCUGUUCCCCCAAAGCUUAAAUUUUUUCUUUGGCGCGUGGUACAAGGGUUUCUCCCUGUUUGAGAUGUGCUUCGUGAUAAGGAAUUGAUAGCUGAUGAUGAUAUUGAGGCUUACGCUUGUCCUGUCUGUGGUGGUGAGGCAGAGACUUUUGCUCAUUGUUUUUUGGAUUAUCGGAUUGCUUUGGAGUUGUGGGAUUUGUUGGGGUUCAAUCAUAUUCUUGCUCAAAUUCGCUUGUGCCAUGUUGCGAUUGGUUGGCGUAGGUUAUUUUUUGAUGCAGGUUUAUCCAAAGUAGAGAUUUCAUGGUUGGUUUUUCUGUACUGGAGGCUCUGGAAGUCCAGAUGUUCGGCUACUUAUGAUGGUAUUCAGUACCUCUCUCAUGUUUUAUUACGACAUUAUUACUCUUAGGUUGCUGAAUGGGAGCUAGCACAGGCUCAUCUGGAGAGAUCUUUGCCUCGCUGUUCCCCUGUUUCUAGUGGGGUUUUACCUCGUGAUCGCCCCCCUCCUUCCAUACCUCCUGGUUCAGUGUUGGUUCACUUUGAUGGUGCCACCAAAUCUUUGGUCGGAUGUGCCAUUGGUUUUGUUGGCUUUGCAGAGGCUAAUAACUCUAUAUUUGCUUGGGGGCGUUUUAUUCCGAAUAUUGAUGACCCAUUUCUCGCAGAGCUCCUGGCCCUUCGCGACUCCUUACGUUGGUGCAUGGCUCAUUCGAUCACUAAUGUUUUGUUUUGUGGGGAUGCGCAGGUGAUCGUUCGGAUGAUUAAUGCGAAGGACUCGGCGCACGCGGUGGGCGGAGCUCUCCUGCAAGAGAUUCAGGUGUUGCGGGCUUCUUUCCUUCGUGCAACAUUCCAUUUCGCUCUCCGUAGGUAUAAUAGGGCUGCCCAUGUCGUGGCAAGACAAGCCCUUGGAGCGAUGGUGCAGACACUUGUCGACCAUCGUGUUUUAUUUAUUUAAUUUUCCUAGCCUGAUCUUAGGAGGCCUUGUAUUUUGUCGUAUCUUUACUGCUUCCCUCUCGGGAUAACUUUGGAAAAAAAAAAAAAAAUUGCCAACCGGCCAAAUUGGAAACUUGUCUGUUGAUUAACACUUGAGCGACCGGCCAGCUUUUGAGCAUACGAAAGGAGUGCAUUAAUUGUCAUACUUAAAUAAUCAUCCUUGUUAUUUAAAAUUGAUUUUUGAAGUAUCCCGAGUUUGAUUCUCCUGAUCUCCUCUAAAUCUUCAGUACUCUGUUAGUCUGUUUCCGCAGUAUAGUAUAUUAUAUUCGACUGCUCGGCUCGUGACGUUUUAGCGCAGACACGUAACUAUAUUUCCACGAACGUAUCUUUGGCUGGCCAGCUAUUAUUUAAGGAUUUUUCAAAACUAAGUGAUGUCGUCAAGAGUUGUACUGACUGGAAUAUAAAUAACCGAGUCCCGGCCGGCGCUACUUAGGGCUGUUCAAACGGAUUGGUUACUGUGGUAACCAUAUUAAUCCAAUUAUCCGAUUAUAUAAUGAUAGUUUAUGAUAGUAAUAACAUAUGGUUAUGUUU